UUUUGGUCUCUUUUUAAGGACUAAGUGACCCCUCUGAGACAGGUCUGAGAUCAGUGACAAGAGACUCAGACAGUCAGCGCCCUCUGAUGAGUGAUGAUGAAGAUGAGUUAUGUGAGGAAUACUCCUCCAUUCAGCAGCAGGAAGAGGAACCUGAACCACAGCCCAAAGCCAUCGGCUUCCUACAGGCCUUCUGCUUGCCUGGAGUCCUUCCCUAUUCCCUGGCUUAUGCAUGUCUGAAGCUGGUCAACUACUCUUUCUUCUUCUGGCUGCCAUUUUAUCUCAGCAAUAACUUCGGCUGGAAGGAAGUUCAGGCCGACCGACUAUCUGUGUGGUAUGAUGUGGGAGGAAUUGUUGGAGGAACAGUACAAGGCUUGAUCUCCGAUCUUUUAGGAAAGCGAGCUCCUGUGUUGGUAGUCAGUUUGCUGCUGGCCAUGGGAGCAUUAGUGGGAUACAGCCACUCUCCAAAUGACCAGAUUGUGAAUGGAGCUCUACUAGCAACGACAGGUUUCCUUAUUGGAGGCCCAUCAAACAUGAUCAGUUCAGCAAUCUCUGCAGAUUUAGGCCGACAGGAGGCGCUGCAGAACAGUCAGCAGGCUCUGGCCACAGUCACAGGAAUCGUGGACGGCACAGGCAGCAUUGGAGCUGCGGCGGGACAGUACCUGGUGUCGCUUAUUGAGAGCAAAUUUGGAUGGAUGUGCGUCUUCUAUUUCUUCAUAGUCAUGACAGGGUGCAGCGUGCUCUUCAUCAUUCCACUCCUCUUCCGUGAAAUGCGCUCCUUAUGCCGAGACAGUCAAGCUCGUACACAUCAGCUCUGAGAAACCUCAUAUUUAGUCUGACUACUCUACAUCAAGGCAUUGUUCAGACAGGCAGCAAUUCUGUGUUUAUUUUUCCUGUAUUCUCAGCAAACAAGAAUAAACCUAUCCUCAAGUAAUUUCAGUUAUGAAGACAGUGAAUGGUACUUAAGGUCUGUUUCUGUUUUAUUUCUGUGUAUUGCUGUGCCUGUACUUUUUUUUUUUUAAUUAAUUCUAAUUUUAUUAUUGUUAAAGGGCAGGGCCCUCUUGAGUUUAAUUUAUGGUGAUUAUAGCCUGAUUGAAUUGUUGUAUUGAAUGGGUUGUAAUUUGUGUUAAAUAUGCACCAAUUUUUUAAUUCAUAUUAAAAACACUCAGUUACACUUUAGUGUCACAUAUGUGAAGUGUAUAAUGGAAUUUUUAAAUGUAACACUACAGUUCAGCAAUUUGGUGUUUUGUUUCGUUUCAACUAUUGGAACCUGUGCAGGUAUUGCUUGAAUGUUUGAAUUGUGUGAUCCAUUGUUCCUGCAUAUAUAAGUAACAACAAAUUCAGGCAAACAACAAGAUCAAUGAAGAUCAAUGUCGAAAUAUUGAUUCAGUCAAAGAUUAAUUAACAGUUUUUGACUGUUUUUACUGAGUUGUAUGUCAAUGCUAACAUUCAGUAAAGUGCACAAACUCA